CUCUGGAGUUAUGUCUCGUAAUGCGAGCAGCGUGACUACAGAAGAGAGGAAUUACGACGAACUAGUUGGACAGAUUCGGUGCAAUUGCCGACUGGAGGCGGUCCUUCGAACUACUGGCCCAGGCAAGAAGAAUACGGGCAGAAAUUUUUUUGCGUGCCCAAAGUACUCGACAGAUCCUUCAAAUUGCAGGUUUUUCAAAUGGGCAGAUGAAUUGUCAGGGCCCGGUGUCCCAACAACCCAAAUCCCUAAGACUCCAUUGAGGCCGAACCCUAAAUCCAACUUGGGUUCUCCGGCCCUCACUACAUCCGUUAUGCGGGGUAGCGGUAUGACACCUGCCAGCAGCGCUCCGCGCACACCUCAGUCAAAGCCACGCGACACAGGUGCUUCACAGCGCCGACUCGCUCUCAUUCGGGGUGCGCAAUACAUGAAAUUGCUUGAUUUGACUUUUGUAGAAUGACGAUGGCCACAACACCUACAGCCGCUUUCGACUCAGAACCUCAACCCGGACAGUCGAUU